AGAAUCGAGGCACUAAACAUUUUUUUUAUAUAUUCAAAUUAAUUCUAUUUAAAUUUUAGUUUUAAUUCUUAUCUGGUAGGAUAAAAGAUGGCAUCUACGAAAGUUGUUGGAGUGGUUCUCCUGUGCCUAAUCAUGAUCUUGCAUUUGCACGUCAACAACGCCCAAGACACCGCCCCAGCCCCUGAGGCCCAAGACGCCCGCCCGGAGGUCCAAGACAGUGAUAAAUGUUAUACUGAUUGUGAGAAAUCUUGCAUAGAUGAAGGAAAUGCUCGUUCUUUUUGCAUGUUGAAGUGCGAGAAAGAAUGUCGCAAAGGACAUAUAGCUAGACGUUUUAGCAGAUGAUUCAUUAAAACCUAGACGUGUUCAAGAAUCAAGAACCGUGUAUACUUGUGUAUAUUAUUUGUUAUUUUGGAGGAAGCUUGUAUUAUUGUCUUUUUUCAUUCUUCCAACAGUAAAUAUAAUUUAUGAUCUUAUAAAUAAAAUUGUU